AUGGAUGCCUUGAAGUGUCGAUUCUGCCUUGAGCCGCAUUAUCCUGCGAGUGGAAGCUUUUCGAUACUGAAUUUACCGUUCAGUAUCGCACUCAAGCGAGUAUUUUCAUUUGAGGUCAAAUCGGAGCAACAUUUACCCGACUAUGCGUGUAAGGUGUGUUCCUCGAUGGUAUGGAAAUUCUAUACAUACAGUGUCAUGGUGGAAGACAAUCAACACAAACUGCAACAAGAAUGCUCGUCGAUGAAUGCAGUCACUCCACGGAAUCUCGCAGGAGGUUACCGCAUGAAUGGUCAUGAGCAUUUGGCCAUUAAACGAGAACCGAUUGAACUUAGUAACAAUCCUGUACCUACAUGCUCUAAUAAUGCCGCCAUCGACCAAAAUUCACAACAUAGCAUUAAAGCUGUACCACAGGACGAGGCGAGCACGCCGCAUGAAGCUGUUGUAAGUCGUGAAGUCGUUUCGGAAGUUAUGGCAAUGCCCCCUGUUUCAGAAGACGAUGAUGAUGGAAGUAUCAAGUUGGAAGAAUACGUUCUCCAACCAUACAUUGAAGAAAGCGAUACAAGUAUCGCGGAAAAAGUCACCCAAGAGCUUCAGGCGGAGGACGAAAAUAGCAGCACCAGAAACAUGAUGGACUACGAUAACCCAGCCGACGAAACAACCGAACCUGAUGCAUCCUCCACUAGCAGUUCCCACAACAAUGCACACAAUCAGACUCAAACCGAGAAAGAUCAACUAAUCCUGUGCGAUAAGUGUGAAAGUUGGUUCGCCAACUUAGCGCAACUGAGAAAUCAUCAGCGUAUUCACAAAACGAGUGAAUGUCCUAUCUGCAAAAGGAUGAUAAAGGGUGACUUUAUAUCGCAGCAUCUUGCCGCCCACGAAGGUGCAUUUCAUUGCGAUAUAUGUGACGCAACGUUCGGGUGUUCCAGCAGCUUGCGAAUACACAAAGAUUUGAAACAUGCGGACGAUUCGCAAACAGACGACGAGAAGUUUCCCUGCAAGCUUUGCGAACAAACGUUCCAAAAUAAAACACAGCUGUCCCGCCACCAGAGGCAACACAAAAUGGCACGAUGUAAUAUUUGCAAUGAACAGAUUCGCAGUACGCUCAUGCAGAACCACAUGUCCGUUCAUCGGGGCGCAUACCACUGUGAAGUGUGCAAGAAACCGUUUUCAUCUCGCACGAACUUGAUGAGACAUAAAAGAGCAAAACAUACCCCGAAAGUGUUAUCGGAGUACAUCGGCCGGUGUGAUCGGUGUGGUCUUACCUUUCCCAAUCAAACCAAGCUGUCAGCUCAUAUAAAGGGACACCAGCGGAAACAGUGCCAUAUUUGCAAGAAAGAGUUUCGGCCUAAUAAGAUAAAGGAACAUCUCGCUUCACAUGACGGUGCAUUCCGGUGUGGUAACUGUAAGAAGACGUUUUCUACUAAGUACAGCUUAAAGAAACACAAUCGUGUAUCUACCCGUUGUACAGCUGAAAGCAGUGACAGUGACUCAGAGUAUGAAUUAUCACCAGAAUCAACGGAUGAAUCGGUUUAG